AACAUUUAAUUAUUUUAGAAUUUUUUUGUCAACGGAGCGAGCGAAAGUAAAACUAGUAGUGAAGCAUUGAAAAGACGAAAUAUAUUUUUUACGAAAUUUUACAAUUUGCUUUUAUUUAAUUAAAGCUAAAUACAAUUCUUAGAUCAUUGUAAUUCCGUAAAUAAUCGGGGAUAACUAUGGAUGUUUUAAAUUCAAUACGUCGCGCAAUACUACAAAAUUUUCUCAAACUAAAUAAAUUACAAUUGGCCACUGUUGCAUAUCAAUUUAAAGUCGAACGACCAGUUUACUAUCCGGACAGACAGAAUGAAAUGCAACGGUUUAAUGAACAACAGAAGUCACAAUUAGUCGCUGAAACGCAAGAGAAGAAGAAACUGCCAAGGGAUUAUUACUACAAAAUACUCGGUGUGAAACGUCACGCAUCGACACAGCAAAUCAAAGCAGCUUAUUAUACGUUGGCCAAACGAUUUCAUCCAGAUGCAGCAAAUUCGCCGCCUCAUGAGUCCAAACGAUUUCAAGAAAUUUCGAAUGCUUACCAUAUUCUAACCGAUGAAUCCAAGCGUAUGGAAUAUGAUCAAUUGGGCAUGGUAAAGGACGAGCAAUCUUUUCUGCAUAAAUUUACAAAUCCCGACAAUGUUUUUACAAAUCGCAAUAGAGGAGAUGUUGUUCUGCCUACUACACGCGAGGAUCUGAUUAAAAUGACAUCUGGAGAAUCUAGGCUGGAGCUUACAUUUUUGGAAGCAGCACAGGGGUUAAAGAAAAAUAUUGACUUGCGCUUUCUUAAGAAAUGCCCGGCGUGUAAUGGUAAAUCUCCACAGCUCGUCAACCGUAGUAAGCCUGAACUUUGCAGAAAAUGUCAAGGAGUAGGAAAAUUAACUAAGAAAACUGCCACAUAUACAAGUAUACAAGUUUGCGAUCAGUGUCAUGGCAAAAGAUAUGUCAAUCGCAACGAAUGCGAUAUGUGCGAAAAUCGCGGUGUUGUGCUAGAGACAGUUCGAAUUGUAGCGCAAGUACCACCAGGAGUAAAGCAUGGUGAAUUAGUACCUGUGGAUAAUCCAAAAACAAAACAACGUAUUCAUUAUCGUGUACAAGUGCAACCGAGUGAUAUCUUUCAACGUGUAGGCAACAAUGUGCUUUCAGACAAAUACAUUACUAUCUCAGAGGCUGUAUUGGGAGGAACUUUUAAAGUACGUGGCAUAUACGAAGAAUUAGAAGUUAAACUAGAACCUGGUACUGAGAGCCACACAACACAUACUAUAAAAGGUAAAGGCAUUAGAUCGCGUGAUGGUACAGGUGAUCACAUCAUCAACUUUAAAAUACGCAUUCCUCGGAAUUUAAGUAUGAAACAACGUCAACUAAUAAUGGCAUUAGCCAAGACGGAGGAGCACGCAUUUGAACGACCUUUUUAGUGUAGCUUUUAAUGAAGUAAUUGAUUAUGCAAAGCACAAUAAGUUAGGUUUUUAGUUAAAAUUUUUGGAAAUCCGAAAAUUUAAAGUCCUUUUAAGAACAAAUAUUUCAAUUGUUUUUUGAAAAAUCUGUAAUUAAACCCACAUAUUUUGAAUUGAAA